AUGUGCGAAAGACUCGGUGAUCGAGUGAUUUGUCGUUAUUGCAAUGAGGCGAAUUACUCGGUGAAAUCGAAUAAAAUGUAUGAUAAUAUUUGGACGCAUUUCUUGAUGAAACAUUGUGAUGUGUUGAUGGCAUUUUGUCGAGAGGGCAAAUUCAGAUAUGGGGAAAUCGUCGAAGAAGAGAAUUCUCAACACUCACUAUCAGUCGAUCCUACAUAUGAGGACAAUUUCCUUAAAUAUCUCGAGAAAAACGAAAAGCCGAAAUAUUUAUUGAAGGAAAACUUUGCAUCGACGAGUCAGGAAGAGUUCUUUGAUUUAGAUGAUAAAUCACAGAUUCCAAUGUUGGACCUGUCCGAGCCGUCACGACAAAGCGAAGCCGAUGCUGAUGAUGAGAUGAAGUACGAAAUUGAGGAGAACAAUGCCGAGAAGAAAAAGAUUGGAAAACGAGACGGCAAUGAUUCAGAUGACGAUUACUACCCAAAGAACAUGAUACCAAAGGGGAAACGAUCAUUUGAAAUUUGUGAGAUUUGUGGUAAGAAACUCCUACACGGUGAAUACAUGUCGAGCACAAAGUUCAUGCUGAUCGAGCACGUGAAAACACAUAUGGAUUGGAAAGAGUACAAGUGUUCAAAAGAUUGUCCACAACACUCAACGAGAUCUACCGUGAAACGGAAAGCCUCACCGACUUCAGCCAUUGCAGCAAAAAAGACUGAUGAUUCAAAGAGCUCCGAAACGCUUGGAUCAUUGAUGGAAUUGUUGAGGAAAAAGGAUGAAGAGUUGAAAGAAAAGGAGGAGACGUUGGAAAGGGUGUACACGAUGAUGGGAAAGAAGCAAACCGAGCUGGAGUUGCUGAAAGAAGAGAUGGGUUUUCUCAAAUCAACGAUCAUCCUUCUGGUGCUGGGAAUGACGAUGGCUCAAGCAAACGUUGGAGACGGGAACGAAGGAGCUAAUGUCAAAGCUGGCUGGCAGCGAAAUGCUGGCAGGCCAUAUAAACCAAGCAAAUCGCGUUAUUGGAGAGAAAUGCAGCUUAGGAUCCUCAAUUCAUCCUGGAUAUUCCCAAGAAAAGAUAUCAUCAAUCAGAGAUACGCUCUUGUCCUGAAGCCUAUGAUUAUCACUCAUGUCCUCGAGACGCCAUCUUUCAACGAUUUCCUCAAAUAUUACACGCAUGGUCUUGAUGAAAAAAGUAAACUCUACGGCAAUACGGAAGCCAAUGUGAAGUCGGCUCUCUCAACAACUUUUGAUCUUCUCGUCAAACAAUACGGAAAGCUCGAUGCGGAUAUGAAUCUGUGGAAUGAGAUUCAAAAUGCAAAAGCGAAACGUGAGGCCAAUGAAUUGGAUUUCUUCCUCUCUGAUGAGUUCACUGAGAUCCUCUUGAAAAACACUGCCAAGUAUUUGGACGGAUUGAAGGAAAACAACACAAAUAAAGUUGUCAAGCGUGCAAUUGAGAUUUUGGAGAGCGAGUUCAAUGAGGCUAAAGGAGUGGAUAAGACCGAUGAUGGUGCUUUCAUGGAGUCAAUUUUGAAAUCAAUCCGCCACAACCGCGAAGCCGACGCAAUUGAUUACGAUCAGCUGAGCUUCAUCCAAAAAUUGAGCCUUCUUGUUGAAGAUGAUUUGUUGAAUCCUUUCCUUGAUUCGGUCAACUAUGAAAUGGAGCGUGCAAAGAGGGCCUACACGAAUGAAGGGAUUGGGGCUGCUCUAAAAGCCAUCUUCUCGGCUCCAGUUUCUGUGGAAGAACGAGAAAAUGAGAGACGGGAGGCUAAAGGUUUUGGCUCGAAGGCCGCAACUAAAACAAAACACGAGGAGAUCGUUGAACGAGAUCGUCAUUCCAUUUUAGAGAAGUUGACGGAUCCAUUGAUCAAUGAGGUGAAUUACAAGACUGACCGUGUCAAGAAGGCCUACGAGGCUGAUGGAAUCAAAGGUGUUCUAAAAUCAGCAAUCUCAGCUCCGAUUUCAUGGGGAUUUUUGGAGAAAAGAGAAAACACGGAAGCUGAGGCUGAGGUGCGACCAUCGCGUGGAAUUCGGCUUCGAGAAGUUCCCUUGGACAAAAAC